AUGGCGAGCAAGACUAUCGAGCUGCAGAUACGUCCACGAGGCAAACCGAUCAAGUCACUACCUGACACAUUGACCCUGAACUCGUCCAUAACCACGGCCGAAUUGUACAAAGAGCUCGCGAAACAGACAAGAUACUCGGUUCACCAGCUGCGCGUCACUAAGGGCAGUGAUGGCUCUUUAAUUACCAAUGCCACAGAUACCACAAUCUAUUCCACUGGCGUGAGGGACCAGAGUACAGUGUACGUGAAGGACCUCGGACCACAACUUGGCUGGCGUACAGUCUUCGUCGUCGAAUAUGCUGGUCCUAUCUUUAUCCACCCCCUGAUAUAUGCCCUACGACCCUAUAUCUAUUCAAAUGCUCCCUCAGAAGGCUCGCAUCUACAGGCACUAUGCUUGAUGAUGGUCGUUGGACAUUUUGUUAAAAGAGAGCUCGAGACACUGUUCGUCCAUAGGUUUUCUGCCUCCACUAUGCCCUUCACGAACAUCUUCAAGAACAGUGCUCACUAUUGGCUCCUCGCUGGUGUGAACAUGGCUGCUUGGAUCUAUGCGCCGAAUUCACCUACAGCUAAAGAGCCCAACUCUCUGCUCAUGUUUACCGGACUCGCUCUUUACGGCAUUGGCGAGCUUCUCAACCUCCAGAGCCAUUUAACCCUAAUGAAUCUGCGCAGCCCUGGGGGUUCCGAGAGAGCCAUUCCUCAAGGCUGGCUGUUCAACCUGGUGACCUGCCCAAAUUAUAUGACCGAGGCUUUGUCCUGGCUUGGCGUCCUGCUAGUCAGCAAUUUCAGCUUGUCGGUUGUGGUUUUCAUCCUUGUAUCCGUCGGACAAAUGAUGCAGUGGUCCAAGAAGAAGGAAAAUAGAUACCGAAAGGAAUUCGGGAGCCAGUACAAGAAAAAGAGGUAUACAAUGUUACCUGGUAUAUGGUAG